CGCGCUUCACCUCGACAGGAAUCGGUCAUGACGGAGCCCAAUCCUACUGGAGCAUUGUUGGCGCCGUCGCCCACGGCAGUCUACCGCGAAGCGUCUUCACCAAAACUCGCAGUCUGCUCGGUGGACAGCUCGCGAGCGCUGAACCUUCGUCGGCGCAAGAUCGAGAUCGAGGUAGUGGACAACGGCCCCAGAGGACCGGCUUGGCAGUUCCCGGGCUUCGGCACUUCGGAGCACGUCCAGGCCCCUCAAAAUGAGCUGGCCGACAUUCAAGUCGAGCUGAAUCAACCACGCAAACUUCUGGGCGAGCUACCGGCGACUGCUAUCUGUGGCAACGAUAUCCUGUCGAGUGUGCUGUACUCGGCGUCGUCUGUCGCUGCGAAAUCGGGCAAGCUCAUGCCGAUUCCGCUGCUCAUGGUGUCGGCUGUGCUGUUCUCGUUCCGGUUCAUCUACGAAGAGGUGGUGACGGCCAUCCCGCUGAACGGAGGCACCUACAACGCUUUACUCAACACAACCUCCAAGCGUACUGCCGCGGUGGCUGCCUGUCUGAGUAUCUUGUCGUACGUGGCCACGGGCGUCGUGUCGGCCACCUCCGGUGUCCACUACCUGAACAACCAAGUGGAGAUCCCGAUUGUGAGCUGCACGAUCGUCCUACUCGGCGCCUUCGCUCUUCUGUCAGCUAUGGGCACGGCGGAGAGCUCUCGCGUGGCGGUUGUCAUCUUCCUGCACCACAUUCUGGUACUGUCGAUCCUGUUCGUCUCGUGCAUCGUGUACGGUGUCCAGCACACAUACGUCUUCAAGGACAACAUGAAAACCGAGCUGCCCGAGGUGGACUUUGCAGGCUCCAUGCUGGACGGCAACGUGUUCACGUCCAUUUUCUUCGGCUUCGGUGCGUCCAUGCUGGGCAUCACGGGCUUUGAAUCAUCGUCCAACUACGUGGAGGAGCAGCAGCCGGGUGUGUUUCGCAAGACACUGCGCAACAUGUGGGCACUCGUCACGUUUUUCAACAUCGGUUUGGCUGUCGGCAUCCUAGCGGUGCUGCCUCUUGAAGGCGACGACGGCAUUUACGCACACGGCGAGGCACUGCUGGCGAGAGUUGGCCACGUCGCUGUUGGAAGCUGGUUCGAAACGUGGGUAUGUGUGGAUGCCUUCGUUGUGCUCUGCGGUGCCGUGCUCACUUCGUACGUCGGCAUUUGCGGUCUGGUUGAACGACUUUCGAACGACCGCGUGCUGCCCGCCUUCUUGGCCAAGAAGAACAAGCUCCGCGGCACCAGCCACUACAUCAUCGGCAUCUACUUCUUCUUGUCGUCCAGCCUCGUUCUGAUCCUGAACGCGGACGCUACGACGGUUAACGGAGUCUACACAUACGCGUUCCUGGGUCUCAUGGCGAUGUUCUCAUGCGCGUGCAUGCUGCUGAAAGGUAAACGCUCGGAGAUUCCUCGGGAUAUCCAAGCGUCGUGGGCCGUCGUCAGCUUGGGCUUCUUGCUCGUUGUGGUCGGCAUCUUCGCCAACCUACUUGGAGACCCGUCGGUGCUCAUGUACUUUGCCAUCUACUUCAUCGCCGUGAUGCUGGUGAUGUUUGUCAUGUUCGAACGAGUCACGAUUCUCCGCGUUGUGCUAGCGGUCCUCAAAAGUGUGGCCCCAUCGCGGUUCGGAAAGGAGGCGUUCAUCGGAAUGGCGGACGAUGGCACCCCGGAGGUGGAGCACACGGGUGCUCGCGGUGGACGCACCAUCGCCCGCACCAUUGUCAGCAUCCGUGAGACCCCCAUCGUCUUCUUCUGCAAGGUGCCCGACCUCACGAUCAUCAACAAGGCCAUCAUCUACGUGCGUCGUAACGAGCAGACCCACACACUGCGCAUCGUGCACGUGUUCUCGGACGAGGAGGCGGUCGCUCCGGUGCUCACCUCGUUCCGCGAGAUGGCGGCACUGUUCGACAGCAUGUACCCGAAGAUCCGCGUGGACUUCGUGUCGGUGCGCGGCGAGUUCGGUCCUGCGAUGAUCGAGUGGCUAUCGCGGUCGAUGAAGGUGCCGCGCAACAUGAUGUUCAUCACGCAGCCAGACAUUCUGUCGGCUGAGCGAGUCUCCGCUGCUGGCCAAUUCCGACACCGCCGGCGCUAUGAGCUCACAUCGUGUCUUGCCGGACUGCUGGGCAUUGCUCUGAUGCUCGUGGAGUGUGAGAUCGUUGAACGCGGCCAGGAUCUCUCCGCACCUUCCGAGACAUGGGUGCAAGUGCUUAAAAGUUGCGUCUUGGGGUCGACUGUUCUGCUGGACGUGCUGCUGGUGCUGAGAUAUCGCUGCGACGGCCAAGUGAACCAACUGCAGAGCUCAAUCCCCUCGAGACGACACAAGUUUUCACUCUGGAGGCCUGUGUUGCUGGCGCUGGAGCUGGUUGUCUGCAGUUUCCAUGUGCCACCGGGUGUUAGUGGAGAGUUUGAGAUCGUGCAGCUGCAUGGAGCUGCGAGUGCCGAGGACGACUCGGUCUGUGAGUCGCUGCAACAAGGCAUUGAUACUGUUAGGCGCGGUGAUGGAUGCUAUUUGGUGUAUCGGUACCCUGUGGAGGCGCUAGGCGUGUUCAUGGCUGCGAGGCUGUACUUGCUGGCGAGAUUCGUGCGCAGCUCGUCAGCCCUGCACUCGCCCUGGAUCUCGCUUGUGGGAUCGCUGAAUGGAGUGGACGCUAUGAAGCCGUUCUUCCACUUCAAGUCCAUUUUCAAGCUUCAUCCUUUGAAUGUUUUGCUGCCACUCACAGUGCUGAACACGCUGCUGACUGCUGCCAUUGUGCGCGUUCUGGAGCGGCCGGUUCAAGCUGCCUUCGACAAUUAUUGGAUCGUGACGCUGGUAAAUGUUUACCUGAUUGUGUGA